AUGGUUCGACAAGACGGGAAUGGCAUAGCAAAUCAAAAAGAGUGGGAUCCCAGUAAGGCUAAAUCCUACUUGACAAAAUACGAAUUUGCGGACGGUCUAUCCGCAGAAGAAUUGUUUGACUUGCGCAAAAGUGGUGGGCUAACAUACAACGAUUUUCUUGUAUUGCCCGGUUAUAUCGACUUUCCUGCCUCGGAGGUCGAAUUGGAAUCCAAAAUAACAAGAAACAUUACACUAAAAACACCGUUUAUGAGUUCUCCUAUGGACACCGUAACAGAGUCAGAAAUGGCUAUUAAUAUUGCUUUACUUGGAGGAAUUGGCGUAAUUCAUUAUAAUUGCUCAGCAGAAGAACAGGCAGAAAUGGUUCGGAAAGUGAAAAAGUUUGAAAAUGGCUUUAUCACAGAUCCUGUUUGUCUGACGCCGAACCAUACCGUGGCCGAUGUACACAAAAUCAAACAGACACAUGGAUACAGCGGGAUUCCAAUCACAGAAAACGGCAAACUACAUAGUAAGCUUCUAGGCAUUGUCACAGCUCGUGACAUUCAAUUCGUAGAAGAUCACACCACAUUACUCAAAAGCGUAAUGACUGUCGAUGUUACUUGUGCCCAUGAAGGUGUGACUCUGGAAAAGGCUAACCACAUCCUUCGUCAAAGCAAAAAAGGCAAACUUCCAAUAAUAAACUCCAAAGGCGAAUUAGUCUCUCUCCUUUCUCGCUCUGAUCUCCUUAAGAACAUCCACUUUCCCCUUGCCUCCAAAUCUCCCGACAGCAAACAGCUGAUUUGUGCUGCUGCCAUUGGGACACGACCAGACGAUAGAGUGAGGCUAAAGAAAUUAGUCGAGGCCGGAUUGGAUGUCGUGAUAUUGGACUCUAGUCAGGGAAAUUCGCUGUAUCAAAUUGAAAUGAUUCAAUAUAUUAAAAAGACAUACGGGAAUAAAUUAGACGUUAUAGCAGGAAAUGUGGUUACGAGAGAACAAGCAGCGUCUUUGAUUGAGGCUGGGGCUGAUGCGUUAAGGGUAGGAAUGGGAAGUGGAAGCAUUUGCAUUACUCAAGAGGUUAUGGCUGUCGGCCGUCCUCAAGGUACGGCGGUAUAUCGCGUAGCACAAUUCGCCAAUCGCUUUGGCAUUCCAGUAAUCGCUGAUGGCGGCAUUGGCAACGUUGGCCACAUAACUAAAGCGCUCGCUCUCGGCGCUUCAGCUGUGAUGAUGGGCAGUCUUCUCGCCGGCACGACUGAAUCACCUGGCGAUUACUUCUAUCAUGAAGGCAAGCGGUUAAAGAAAUAUCGUGGUAUGGGGUCACUAGAUGCCAUGGAACGCGGAUCCGAGAAAACCGGUAAUGCGGCCGAGAAGAGGUACUUUUCCGAGUCUGAUGCGGUUAAGGUGGCGCAGGGAGUUGCUGGCGCAGUAGUGGACAAAGGAUCAGUUAGAAAGUUUAUUCCGUAUCUGAUCACCGGAUUGCAGCACGGUUUGCAAGAUAUAGGAGUUAAAGAUUUGGUACAGUUGAGAGAGGCAGUGGCAACGGGGAAAGUUAGGUUUGAGUUUAGGACUGCAGCCGCGCAGGUCGAAGGAAACGUUCACGGAUUGUAUACAUAUGAGAAAAGAUUGUUUUCUUGA